AUGGCCGUGUUUUUAGCAUACUAUGGUUGUAUAACCCUUGAGGUCAAUUGGAGGUUUGUCAAUAGGAACUACCCACAGAACACUGUAGAUGGACAAACUGAUUUCAGGAUGUGGCCUAAUGCUCAGUAUUCAACAGACCAUCCAAAGCUCAGUAUUCAACAGACCAUCCAAAGCUCAGUAUUCAACAGACCAUCCAAAGCUCAGUAUUCAACAGACCAUCCAAAGCUCAGUAUUCAACAGACCAUCCAAAGCUCAGUAUUCAACAGACCAUCCAAAGCUCAGUAUUCAACAGACCAUCCAAAGGUCAGUAUUCAACAGACCAUCCAAAGGUCAGUAUUCAACAGACCAUCCAAAGCUCAGUAUUCAACAGACCAUCCAAAGGUCAGUAUUCAACAGACCAUCCAAAGGUCAGUAUUCAACAGACCAUCCAAAGCUCAGUAUUCAACAGACCAUCCAAAGCUCAGUAUUCAACAGACCAUCCAAAGGUCAGUAUUCAACAGACCAUCCAAAGCUCAGUAUUCAACAGACCAUCCAAAGCUCAGUAUUCAACAGACCAUCCAAAGCUCAGUAUUCAACAGACCAUCCAAAGGUCAGUAUUCAACAGACCAUCCAAAGCUCAGUAUUCAACAGACCAUCCAAAGGUCAGUAUUCAACAGACCAUCCAAAGGUCAGUAUUCAACAGACCAUCCAAAGGUCAGUAUUCAACAGACCAUCCAAAGGUCAGUAUUCAACAGACCAUCCAAAGCUCAGUAUUCAACAGACCAUCCAAAGGUCAGUAUUCAACAGACCAUCCAAAGGUCAGUAUUCAACAGACUAUCCAAAGCUCAGUAUUCAACAGACCAUCCAAAGCUCAGUAUUCAACAGACCAUCCAAAGGUCAGUAUUCAACAGACCAUCCAAAGGUCAGUAUUCAACAGACUAUCCAAAGCUCAGUAUUCAACAGACCAUCCAAAGCUCAGUAUUCAACAGACCAUCCAAAGCUCAGUAUUCAACAGACCAUCCAAGCAACAAGCGACGAAUAAGACGUUGA